GACGUCUCGCGUGUGGUGCGUGCCUCAAGACCGGGAAUUGCGCACGUUCGCUACUAGGCAAACUACAGACUUCUACAUAUCUCAGCUUUUCUUGAAGAGUUGCUGUCAUGCCUGCUAAAAAGACUGCCAUCAAGAGGAAGUCUGAGGCUAUUGUGGAGGAUGAUAAAGACCCCAAGAAAGUGAAAGUUUCCCAUAGGAGUCAUUCCAAGGAAGCGGGUCAGGUUCUUGUUUUGGGCCAGGGUGAUGUUGGACAGUUGGGUUUAGGUGAGGACAUCAUUGAGAGGAAGAAGCCAGCCCUUGUUUCCUUGCCAGAGAAAAUUGUGCAAGUGAUAGCUGGAGGCAUGCAUACUGUGUGCCUCAGCGACACUGGCCAUGUCUAUACAUUUGGCUGUAAUGAUGAAGGGGCCCUUGGUCGGGACACAACAGAGGAGGGGUCUGAGAUGGUUCCAGCAAAGGUAACACUGGAGGAGAAGGUGGUCCAGGUGUCAGCAGGGGACAGCCACACAGCUGCACUCACAGAGGAUGGAACUGUGUACAUCUGGGGCUCCUUCAGGGAUAACAAUGGUGUCAUAGGUCUUCUUGAGCCCAUGAAAACAUCUCCUCUUCCAGUUAAAGUCCCCAUGACAGAACCUGUUGUGAAAAUUGCAUCAGGUAAUGAUCACCUGGUACUGGUAACAGUCGAGGGAAAUCUUUACACAUCAGGCACAGCAGAACAGGGGCAGCUGGGAAGAGUGCCUGAGCAUUUUUCAAACAGAGGAGGCAGGAAAGGCCUUGGCCGGCUGCUGGUACCACAGAUGGUAAAAGUCAAAGGGAAAGUUCACUUCACUGAUGCCUUCUGUGGGGCGUACUUCACUUUUGCUGUAUCAAAAGAGGGACAUGUGUAUGGAUUUGGCCUCUCCAACUAUCACCAGUUGGGCACUAAAAGCACCAAGAUGUGUUUUGUCCCAGUAAAACUGACGUGCUUCAAGAACUCUACCACGUCUUGGGUUGAUUUCUCUGGAGGACAACAUCACACUCUUUGCCUUGAUGCUGAAGGACAGGUAUAUAGCCUGGGCAGAGCAGAGUAUGGUCGUCUUGGUCUUGGCCAAGGGGCUGAAGAGAAGAGUGAGCCCACACCUGUGAUGGGGAUGGAGCUGGCUAGUGGUGUGACAUGUGGGGCAUCAGUCAGCUACGCUGUCACCAGAGAAGGAUCUGUGUAUGCCUGGGGCAUGGGCACCAACAUGCAGCUUGGCACGGGAGAGGAGGACGACGAGUGGAGCCCCGUGAAGAUGACAGGCAAACAGCUGGAGAACCGUGCAGUAAUGAUGGCCUCCAGUGGAGGGCAGCACACAGUCCUUUUGGUUAAAGACAAGCAGGAGAGCUGAUGUCCAUCUCUGGCAGAGAAUGACGGGGGAGCUUUUGAUCUUUUUCAAGGUGGGGCCUUGCCUAUAUGUAGGGAGGGGGUUAAUCUGUACGUGACUUCCUGUGCUGAGCCGAGGGAGUGUGAGAGGUGCAGGGCGAGGGGAGAGGUUCAGCCCCUUUUACAAGAACUCUGUUCUUCCUAGUGGGGAAAAUUUUUGUGGAUGUUCGGUAGAUCAUGACAAAUGAGAGACUAUUUUUUUAAAUCUAGUUUUUGAUGUUCCCUUUGAAUUAAUCUCAUUAAAAUUCACCAGUAUGACUGUAAGAUGGCAUAUGUGACGUGUUUGUGAAUGUGACUGCAUGUACGUAAAGGAAAAGAGAGCGCAAGCCUUUUAAUGACUUCCCCAAACAAUAGUCUUUUUAAUGUGUUUUUUUCCUUUUCUUUAAAGCAAUAAUUUCAUUGACCUUGGUUCAGACAGGACAUUUAUACUCGGUGAGUUUAAUAUGUGAGACUACUGUUAUUCUACCUAGGGCACACGAAAUUGUUGUGGCUAUUUGGACAUUUGGUAACGUGUAUCCUGCAUUUUGUUGGUUUCCCUGUCUGAAAAUAAAGAUAACAUUUUAAGUU